GCUUCCGGGGACAAGAUCGCGGAGACGGCGAGCGCCGGGAGUGCCAUGGCGAGUGGGACUCAGACAGGCAUAGACAGCGUUCCAGGACCCGUCAUGAAGCGGGAAGUGGCAUGGAGCUGCCGGACCCUGCUGGAGGAUGGUCCUCCGCUGCCGCUGCCUUUUCAAGCAGCAACAGAGGUGCCGGUAAACUUGAAACCCGAUUCCAGCGGCAGGAGGCACUCGCUGCCAUCGUCACUUCUUUCUAGGGAUGCCACGAAGCCCAGACCGAAGAAGACCCUUCGGUUCUCGGAGCACGUCGACCACAGAUCAAUCAGCCCCAGACCCCGGUCCGCAUCGGCUCCCGAAAACUCCGGAACAGCAGACAAGCUUCGGGGAAAGACCAUGGCAGCCCAAGGGACGGCUCGGUCGUCAGCAUCCAAGGCGUCCACAGCCGCCAAACCCGUGCCGGUGCAGAGCUCUAGCUUUUCUGAGUUCUUGUUCCUCCCACCGGUUCCUGAAAACAAGACAGAGCCACCUCCACAAUCGUUGUCCAACUUCUUGUUUGCUCCAAACGGCAGCACAGCUCAGCACGCAGUGCCUGCGGUUGAGAUGGAGAGCAGCCGCCGAAGUGGGGAGGAGCAUCAUCCCGGCAGCGCCCACCACCAGAGCAGCGAUGCCCACCACCACAGCAGCGAUGCCCACCAUCACAGCAGUGAUGCCCACCGCAGCGGUGAGGUUACUGAGGAGAUGGCCCGGGAGGCCUACGAGCGCGGCCUGGGGUGCAGCUUGGAACGGCGUGUUUUGGAACGCGCCUAUUUUCUUUUUCAGAAUGGCCAGAGCGAGGACGCCGAUGCCAACUACUUCACCGCGUUGAGAAUCGAACUCAGCGAAUCAGGCUGA